AACACUAAGUGGAGGUAUAGCUAGACUUUGUGUGGAGGAAUACAAUCAAGCUGCACAAUUGGCUAACACUAAGCUUUCAGCUGCAAUUAAUGGUACAUUAACCAAGAAGUUGCCUCAAUCCAAGCUGGUUUUCAUUGACAUCUAUGAUCCUAUGCUUGAUCUCAUUGUCAACCCUGAUAAAUAUGGAUUUGAAGUGGUAGAUAAAGGAUGCUGUGGUACAGGAAGCAUAGAGGUGGUCAUAUUAUGCAACAGAUACAUGAGUAGUACAUGUGAAGAUGACACGAAAUAUUUGUUCUGGGAUAGUUAUCAUCCCAGCGAAAGAGGCUACAGGAUCCUUGUUGAUCAAAUGGUGAAGAAGUAUAUCAAUAGUUUCACAUGA